CGCCAGGAAGCAUUAUAGCGUCCCCAUCACCCCCCAAUGCCUCCCCAGCACCUCCCUCCUCACCUGUAACGUCCAACCCCCAGCCUGGCGGCCUGUCAACAGCAGCCAUUGCGGGCAUUGCUGCGGUUUCUGUGCUGCUGCUGCUGGUGCUGGUUGGUGCGCUGGUAUGGUGGAGGGGCUACAAGAAAGGUGGAGCAGAAGGAGCAGCAACAGCAGUUAAGGAGAGCAAGGAUGUGUUAUUGAGGGAUAUUGAUG